AUGGCCUUUCCGCUCCUCUCCCCUCUCCGACUCGGCCUAGGCCUCGGAAUCGGCAUAUCCACCGCAACUCUCCAUCCCUUCUCGCCCUUCCGCGCUACCCCCAUCCAGUGCCAAUACACCGCGCCCUACUACCGCCCCGAAUCUCCGGCUAAUGCUGAGACGGGAUGGGCCGUCGGUCCCAAUGAUCCCCUUUUGCAAAAGCAGGGCCAUUCUGGGCAGGCUCGAGCAAGCUUUUUGACUCCGGGGAAUAUGAAGCAGGUCAGCCUGGGGAGCGUCCUUGGUUUGGUCGCUGGUGUAGGGUUGAGGGCGUUUUCGAGGGUUUUGGUGGUUGUUAUUGGAAUGAGUGUUGUUUUAAUUGAGUGGGCUGCCUCCAAGGGCUAUAACAUUCUCCCUUUGCACCGGAUUCAAAAGUAUUUCAAGAGUGUCGACGUCCGUCGGGCUGUCUCUGAGCACCGGCCCUUCAAGAUGAGUUUCGGGGCUAUGAUGGCACUUGCGGCGUUUGCGCAGUUCUGA